AUGUCCGUCAGUGUAAUCAAUGUUUUCUUACUUUGCUUCUACUUAGCUCUACCCAGUACGAUAUGCGACUCCGACUCGGACUACACAUGCACAGAUACGAGCUGCAGCUCCGAGUCGGACUCAGGCUCUUCCGUCCCCGUAGUGCAAGUAGUAGUCGGUGUAGUAGUCGGUUUUUUUGCUCUUUUCGCCUUGAUCCUAUUCUUCUCCUGCUGGCGCCAAAAUCGCAUUCGUGACUUCCAACAGACGUACGUUCGGAAUGCUCAAGCCCAAACACUUGCCGUACAACAAGUGCAGGAGAACCAUGAAGCAGAACUUAAUGCUCAGUGUUCCAACUAUCCACCCCCGUACAACGCAACCGCUCAAGGCUGGCAGCCUGUUUUGAGUCAGCCUGAGCCGGCGCACGAGCACCAACAGGCCCAUCCUCAGCGUCAAAUAUCUCUCCAAUUGACUGAUAGCCCACUAGUCCCUUAG